AUGAGAGAAUCCAACUUUUCAUUUCCCUCACAAAACCGUGCCUCGGUCUGCAUUACUUCUGCUCUUUAUGACAGAAGAGCGCUUGACUGCACGGCCAUCUUACCAUUAAUUAACUCCCUGACACAUCUUACCUACUUAACAAGUACUUCUCCACGCAUCCGAGAGAUUCUCACGAUGGAUGGAGGGUUGGAACGCUUAGUCCGUAUCCUUAAAACUACGAAAGUGAACGAUAAAAGAAGCGGUUGGAAAUGGUCUAUGGCAUUUCAAUGUGUUGCUAACGUUGGAGUACGGGGUUCUGAGACAAUUAGAACUAGAGUUGUGGAUGCUGCAAAUUUCGUUGGAGCUUUAGAAAAUGGUAACGCGUUGAAUAUUAUUCAGAUGUCUGAAGAGUCUGAACAACUUUUAACUUCUUAUCCUCACUCACCUAAUUCAACAACAUCCAUUUUCCCUUCUUCUGAUUACCAAAAUGUAACUUCUGAUAUUUCAUCUAAUAUGCAUGGUAUUACGCCUUCGAAUACAGCAGCUGCUUCUACGAACAGGUUUCUAACAAAUGUCACAACACCUUAUGAUAUAAGGUCGUCUGAUGAUGCAAGAUCGGAUGUUGCAUCUUGGGGUUCGGUUGCAGACAAUGAAGAAACCACAAUGCCACAACUUCCACAAGCAAUUACAGGCACAGCUGGAACAAAUAUAACUCCAAGCCUGCGACCAUCACAACUACCGAAUAAUACAAGUAACAAUCCAACAAAUCUCGCUUCGCAAUCAACAACAACAAUGGAAAUUGACGUACUUUAUCGUGAAGAAGAUAUUCUUUUGUCCCUUCAGCUACUAGCCUACCUUUCAAAGUAUCCCCAUUUACGCGCUACUUUUCACACGGCUUAUCCGCCUCAUAACGUAUUCUCUCUUGUAGAAAAGUUCACUCAUCGCCUCCAUCCUGCGGAGAUUCAAUAUUGGGCUGGUGUUAUCAUGCGCAAUGCUUGUCGUAAGGAUGAAAUUCGUGGUGGAAUCCGUCAAUGUGCUUAUAUGGCUUGCGGUAAAUGGGAAAGUUAUCCAAGAGAGUUUGCAAAAUGUCGGAGAUGCCGUAAAGCUAAAUAUUGUUCUAAAGCAUGUCAAUCAAAGGCAUGGAGUGAAGGACAUAGGUGGUGGUGUAUGGAACGACUUAGUCAUGCGGACGCAGAUACAUCUGGACAUGGUCAGUCAAUUUCUAGUAUGGAACGACAUAGAUCUGCGGAUGCAGAUACAUCUGGGAACAGUCAGUCAUCUUCUAGCAUGGAUACAGAUCCACCUGCGAAUGGUCAGCCAACUUCUAUUUUGGAAAGACACAGACAUGCGGAUGCAAAUACUUCUAAUUCAACUUCAUCUACAAAUUCGAGCGGACACCGUUCUCGUUCAUCUCGUUCAACAAAUUCCACAGGUAAUUCAAGGUCAACAACAAAUCGCGAAGCAACGACGGUGACAACUGGUUCGACAUCUCACGGCCGUGAUUCUGGAUCAGUUUUAGUAUCGUGA